GAGCAUCUCUUCAAAUACUGGGGGCGCUCUCAUCGGAAUCUGCGGCGUCUGCGGCUCGUUGAGGAACUGAAACUUAUUGGAAAUGUGAAGCAUAGUCUCAAAAGGCCUUUCUGACGCUGCUGCCUGUUGCUACGGGGCAACAGCAUAAAGUCUCGAGAAACACUUGCCGCAGUUGCUGUCACAGCACUUCUGAAAGAAAUGGAUUCCAAAGAAGUGAAGCAAGCACUAAAGGACGCAAGAGAAGCAAUCAGACAAAAAGAGUUCAAAGCCGCCUUGAAGCACUGCAAGACUGCCUUGAAAAUAGACAAGGAGUGCUACAUGGCUUGGGUGUUUGUUGGAGCUGCAGCACAAGAAAUUGACCAGCUAGAGCAGUCUGUUGCUGCAUUCAAGAAGGCUUGUGGCAUUUGCCCUGACCAAAUUCUGGCAUGGCAGGGCCUCUGUGCUCUGUAUGAGAAGCACCAGAGCGUGGGAGAUUUUGAAAAUGACCGCCAUUCCGUAUACAUGAAACUUAUUGAGCUUACCCAGAAUGAUGCUACAAAGCAAGUUGAAAUAGCUGACAAACUCACCAGUCACUACAGGAACAGUGGAAAUGCUGGCAAGUACUUGAGUACAUUGGAAGAAUGUGUUCAAAUAAUAGGCACCCAACCGGAGACCACAAAGUUGUGGAAAUCUCUUGUGGAUUUCAGCAGUAACAAGCUUGUUACGUACCCCAAGAACCACCAGGAGUUGCUUGUGAAAGCUUAUGCACACCUGGCCUUCUCGAGUGAAACUGAACGUCCCCGCAGAGAUGCACUUUGUCGAUCCUACGUGGAUGCUCUGUGUAAGACUGGUCACAGGGAUGAUGUAAUUCGUGAAGCCCUAAGGUUUGGUGAGAGCUUUCCGGAGUCGUCGGUUCCCAUGGAAGUCAUCAGUGGGAUGUAUGUGGAUAUGACUCUUAGCAGUUGGGAAGAACCAAAGCCUUCAGCAGAAAUCGACAAAAUCGAGGAACUUACCAAAAGCCGUCCAAACCUUCAGGUUGGCUGGCUAGCAAAAGCAACCCACCUGUAUGCUUCUGGAAAUGCAACUGAUGCUCUCGAGGCACUGGCCAAAGCUGUGGAGGUAGGGCGUAGCUCCAGGGAGGCCAGCCUGUUGCUUUCCUUGUGCAGCCUGAAGACAUACAACUUCCGCAAGGCUGAGGUGCAUGCCCAGAAUGGUCUCUCUUUGUCAUCGGGAGCGAGCGACUGGAUGUCCCAAAAACUCUUUCUGUGUUUGGCCGAGUCUCUCUGUGCACAGCAGUGUCACGAAGAAGCAUCAGCAGCUUUACAAAAGAUUGGAGAGGAACAUGCGAGGCAGCCCGCAGUCCUGUGGUGCCUUUUUGAAACUGCUUUGCAGUCUGGCAACUUUGAUAAAGCAGAAGAGGUCCUCAGCUCUUUGCAAGAGAUUGGUUUUGAAAGCUCAAGGAUGAAAGGUGCACAAGCCAGGCUGCUUAUACAGCGUGAACAAAUAACGGAGGCACAGGAAAUCCUGACAAACUUGGAAGAGAAAUCACCAGAGGCCACCCAUCUGCUUGCACUCACUCACUGGAAACUUGGCCGAUAUGAUGAAGCUGUGCCGAUCUUUCUAGAAGCAGCUCGUUUGGAUCCUCAGGACUACCGCAAUUUCUUGUAUCUUGGAAGACACUACUUCUAUCAUCUUAAAGAUGUUCAGAAAGCUGUUAGGUGUUUUCAGAAAGCUUUUCAACUCAACCGAGCCAGUGAAGAAGCUGGAUCUCUCCUGAGUGACGCCCUAUGCGACCUAGGUCAGCACGAACAAAAUGUUAAAUUCCUGGAGGCAAUUACGAGCCAACUGCCUGUGAAGAGAGCAAAGUGGGCCUGGUUGAGGCUUGGCCUCCAACAGUUAAGACUUGGCAGUGCUACAGAAGCCGUACAGUCUCUACAGAACUCGCUUCGAGCUGAUCCUAGUGACAAGUCUUGCUGGGAAUGCCUAGGAGAAGCAUACCUCAUGCGGGAGAGCCUUGGCGCUGCCCUCCUGUGUUUCAAGAAGUGCCUUGAUGAAGAUCCCAAAGAUCUCUUUUCGCUAUAUGAGACAGCCACAAUCAAAUCCCGUCAGGGCUUGCACAAGGAGGCUGCAGAUAACUUUCAAGAAGCUCUUGAAGUCAAUCCAGAGUACGUUCCUGCAAUCAAAGGUCUUGCGGAAGCCAAGCUAGCACUGGCGCGAGAGCACUUGGAGCAAGGGCUCUGCGGUCUUGGCCUGGAUGACUGCCAGCAGGCACUGGAAGCUGCUGCUAGGGCCUUGGCACUUCAAAGGCGGCUCGUAUGUCUGUGGAAGCUGGCGGGUGACAUUUGCCUGGUCCCUGCUGCAUAUGGAAUCAAUUGGUCCUCUCUGAAGCUUCCCACUUCCUUGUUGGAAGGGGAACAACAGGACAGUGGCCAGGAGCAGCUUAUAAAGGCAUCACAAAAAUGCUACAUGACAGCUAUUCGAAUGAAGCCACGGCUGGCAUCUUUGUGGCACGACUUGGGCCUGGCCCUGUGGCUGGAAGCACGCCUUCAGAAGGGAAGUUUUGCCAAAGCUUUAGCCAGUGUGCGCAACGCUGUUACUCUGAAACCCAGCUGCUUUGCCUACUGGAACAGCCUUGGGGUACUGGCUGUCUCUUCAGGUGCAGAGAAUUAUGGGUUGGCCCAGCAUUGCUUCAUAAAAUCCCUAGAGUUGGAGAGCAAUAACUUGUAUGCGUGGACGAAUCUCGGUGCCUUGUACCUCCAGGCUGGCAAUGUGCAGUUGGCGCACCAAGCUUUUGCGAAAGCCCAGUCUGUAGAACCAACAGCAAUGCGGCCGUGGGUGGGACAGGCAUUCAUUGCCGAAAAAGUACAGCACCACGACACUGUCGACCUGUUCAGACACUGCAUGGGACUCGGGAACCACGGUGAUGCAGCUCGUGCCUAUGCCAGCUUUCUAUGCAAGGAGUCCGGGCCAACUGUUGCUCAGAAGCACGGCAGGGAUAUCUUAGUUGUUGCCUCGGAUGCUCUUUCGCGCACUGUUGAUUUGGAAGGAGCCUUAGAUCCUGCCGCACUGAACAUGCUAGGCAUAUUGCUAGAACGCCAAGGACUACUAAGAAGUGCCAGGGAUGCCUAUAAAAAGGCACUGACGUUACCUGGUCAAAACGAUGACAAUAUCAACUGCAGUUCGUGUGAACCUGGCACGUGUACUUUGGCAUUUUCAGUCCCCCUCGGUUGUUACGAGGAGGCCAUUCAGCUCUGCUUGCAAACAGGGUCACGCUCAAAGGACGUGCUCAGCCUUCUUGGUUUUUGUUAUGGAAAGCUGGGUGAAUUUUCCGAAGCCUUAAAAGUGUAUGAGGAAGCUCUGUCAAAAAGUCCACCCGAGAAGAAAGGAGAAGUGGAGCUAGGCAUGGCCAUGGUCACACUGAAGGCUUCUGGAGCAGCAGCUGCUAAGGAUUUCCUUCAAAACAGGUUAAGCAGCAUGCCACAGUCUCGUGAGGCUCUGGAGGCUCUCUGCUGCCUGUCCUUGCUUGCUGGAGACAGUAGUGCUUGCCGCAGUUCCACUCAGAAGCUCAUGACAUUGAGUAAAAAAGGCACGGCACUUCACGAGAGGACUGCAUCACUGCUCUGCUGCCAGCAGUUCAUGAAGGGCACCGAUGCUCGCCAAGCCUGUCAUGUACUCAGUAGAGCUGUGCAUCUGCACCCAGACGAGGGCCCCUUGUGGUCGGCAUUAACACAAGCCCUGCUGUUGGAGAAGAGGCCCAGUGCUCUCUGCUGUGCCUUGGCCGGUCUCGUUCUUGGAGAACGCUCCCCACGGCACAUGACCAUGAUUGUGCUUGCUAGGCUGAUGCAAGGAAAGGCCAAGGAGGCCCUGAGAGCUGCUCAGAAGAUGGUCCACCUCUACCCUGACUCUCACUCGGGCUGGGUGCUUCUUGGACUUGCCAUAAGCGAAUGCCGAGUCGUGGCUGACAAAGCUCUGCAGCAUGAUCGCUUUCUACUUGGUGCCAACACUUUGUGGAAGCUUUGGUCCAACCUUGUCCAAGUGCAGUAUGCCUGCGUCCACCAUCGAUGGCAAAAGGUUUCAGAGCUUGUGCCCCUGGUUCUCUGGGGAUUCGCUGGCAGCUCACUUGUGUCCAAGUCACUGAAUGUGUUGCAGGCAAUUUCAGAAUUACUGGUGAAAACUUCACGUCUGGAGAAAACUUCUCUGAGUUCUAUUCAAAGUACAGUUGAAUCUGAGGACAUAGCUACUGGAUGGCAGAUGCUCUCAAAACUGCAGCAGAGAACUGAAGACUAUAGUGGGGCUAUUGAGUCACUGGAGAGGGCAAAGAAGUAUGAUGGCCUGCAAGGAAAGAUCCUGGAGUUAGAACUGUGCCAAGCAUGGUUGGCUUUGCGUUCUGCAAAGGCCGACUCUCACCAAUGUGAAGGUAUGCUAAAGGCUGCCCUAGGAUAUCUCAACACAGCACUGAGAACGAAUCCCAGAUGCAGAGCGGGUCACAUGGUUCUUGGUGUUUGGGCACUGGAGAACAACAAUACUAGGCUGGCGAAGAAGAGCCUUGAGCGAGUGAUGAGAUUUCACGAUGGCGGAAGCUCCUGGAUUCAGUCUGCCACAUUGAAGCUGCUGCUUUUGCACUACUUGGAAAAGAAGGAUGCUGAUGCACUGAAGAAACUGCUACCUCAAGCAGAGGAGCAACUAGACAUGCAGUCGCUUUUGAGUGAAGAAAACCGAGACCAGCUCAUCUCAAUGGGCGUUUUAUUUAAUGCCUCAGAAUUAAAAAAGCAUUGAUAUACA